CCUGCAGUGAACCACCUCGGGUAACAUUUGCCCAAGGAAGGCGAAGUUGAAUGAAAACUUACAAGACACUGGGUUAGGUAAGCAGCAUACGUAUUUUAAAAGCUGAUAUAUUCCCAUCUUUGUAAAUCUUUCUCGUCUUCCUUACUAUUCCCUUUUGAUGCAGUCUUAAACGUAUGGUCGAUGUGGAAUGCACAGCCCAGCAGUUAAAAUGGCUUAUUAUGAUACUACAAAAUAAUUUUCCAUUUCAAAAAAUCUAAGUGUAUCUAUGGCUGUCAAGGAAGCCACUUCAACACCUUUAUGUAGCUUCUUAACAGUUUUAAAAAAGAAGCUCGCUUAUCUUAGUUGUGUUUACCAGAAAGAAAAACUUCCUAAAAGUGGUAUUGUGACUGUUCAGGUAGAAACAGGUAAUUUAGUGUUAACAACUGAGUUGAAAACGUAAAUUGACCACCGUAAAGAGUUAAAAGGCUGGCGUUUCGAGCGUUAGCCUUUCGUCAGAGCGAUUGACAAAGGGCUAACGCUCGAAACGUCAGCCUUUUAACUCUUUACGGUGGUCAAUUUACGUUUUCAACUCAGUUGUUAACACUAAAUUACCUGUUAUGCUCUCCCACCGACGCAGUACCACAGUUUUUUUAGAUACUCACCUCCUUUGUUCAGAUAGAAUACGUGCUUGGAGUAGGAUGCAAGCUUAUGGUCUCAAAGAUAAGUUUGAACUUAUUUCACAGAUGAGAUUGAUUCAAAAGUAUGCAAAUGUGUAUUGUUUAUUCACAAUAGUACAUCGUGUGUUUCAUAUCUUUGUAACGUGGCUCGACCCAAAGGUGAGAUAUACUUAAAAGUAAGUCUACAAAUACCAGGUAGGUCUUUUCACAAACAUUUUUGUAGAUCUAGAAGGUAAUGAAAUGAUCAGAAAUUUUCAUUUUCUACUCAAACAAAUGAAAUGUUUGGUCUGACUGUUAAAAGACGCUUUAAUUUCACAGCAAAAGUAAUAGAUAUAUUGAGAGGUUCUAAAAAUAAUUUUUUGUGAUAUUGGUCAAAAUUUUUUUGCAUUCUUUAUAGGUAUUCAGUCACUCUCGCGUGAUAUUUUUGGACAAGACAAGAGACAAAGUAGGCUGAAACACUUAAUUUUCAUUUCUUUCGGGGCAUCUGAGUUCUCUUUCGAAAGUGGGAACAUCACAGUUUUAAUGGGACAAAAUGCGAUUAAAUUUUCAGUGUAACCAAUCAGUUCUAAAGAUGAUGUAGUUAACAAGGAUAUUCGAAGAUCACUUUCACAUUCAAGGAUAUUCGUAUCCACCGAUCUGAGAAAUUUUCUGUCUAAAAUAACAUCCUUCUGCCACUAUUUUCGUUAAAAUCAGAAUCUGCAUUGCGGCGUCAACAAAAUCUGGAUCGAACCGGAUCGGAUCACGGAUCACGGAUCAAAUGCUAAACCGCGUACAAUCCGCAAACCGGAAUGAGCAGCAAAACCGAAAAACCGAAGUUUUUUGGCAGAAAACCGAUCUAAAAGCAGCCAAAACUGCAAAACCGAAAAUCCCAAUGCCUCCUUCCCGCUUGCCUUCAUCCAUGGCGGCACUGCACAACACUCCUCGAUACAGCCGUGAAAGUGAUUACAUGGAGCCUUUUGGGCAAAAAAAACUUUCAAAUGGGCCUACGCUCAAUUAUGUCAAGCAGACUUUAUUUUGGCUUGUCACGUAAAUUUUUUGAGUCCGAUCCAUGAUCCGUGAUCCGAUCCGUGAUCCAUGAUCCGGUACGGUCUGAUCCAGAUUUUGUCGACGCCGUCCGCAACAUAUAAGAGAAAUUGGAUUUGCUAAAUAUCAAGCUUAACUGUAACAAAGUUACAGUCGAUCAAAAUGAUAAAAUCACUGUAACUGACUAAAAUGACUAAUUGAAUAUUGGCCGUAAAAUUCCUCGCUAUCUCGUCAAACAUUUGAGAAUAAUGCUCAAACUUGGUGGAAAGAUGCGGAUUCAAGUUAAUAAUUUGGCAGAUAAGUUAAUAUGCAGUCUGCUGAUGAAGUAAUUUUCGUCGAUGUGUGAACCUAGCACCUUCUACUACGGUCCUCCUAAAAUAGAAUCAAGGUUUUCAGUGCAUUAGUUAAAUCGAAACAGAUGAAGAACAAAGGAAACAAGAUCUAGCUGUAAGAUAUCUGGUAUAGGUACUGAAACGUUAUUUCACUCUCCUUUUCCCCUCAGCAUUCGCCAUGGGUUACGUGAAACAAAGAACGUCGCACCGAAUGUAUCUAUUGGUUUUUAUUUUAGCAUUUGUAUUUUCUCUAUUUUCGGUUGUUUACGUUCAUUACUAUACUUUGGUUGUGCCGCUGAAACAAGGAAGUCCAUCAUUUGUCAUCAAACAAGAUGUAGAUGCCUCGCGCAGCUACACAAGUGCAGCCAGCAGUGCAAGUCUCAUGCAUUCCAUAGCAAACAAGAAGGAAAGUUUUCAGCGCAGCACAGAUGAUCUAUCAUAUUCAGGGAAAUCCAUUCCUCUGAUGGACUUCAAGGACUUACAAAAGAGAAAAAAACGAUUUCUUUUAUUGGUUACUGUUGGCAGUGCACCACAAAGAUUCGACAGGAGGCAGGCAAUAAGAGAUACAUGGUGGAAAUUUUGUCACGAGAAAAAGGUGAGACACGGUUAAUUCAAAUACCAUGAAUAAUCGAUCAAACGCCGUCCUUAAAUGAGCGCUUCACUUUAGAGGAAAAAUGUAAAGGUUACGUCCCACCUUCAGAGGUUUAAAAAAUCGAUUUUUCUUUGAUUUGACGUAACUGAAUUCAAACAUUUAAUUUAAUGUAUCCAUAAAAUAGAAAUUAUUGAAAUCUUUUAAAGCACUUGAGUUAUUUAAAAAAACAUAUUUUCAACUAAAAGUUAUUAAAUUAGGAAGGUAUCAUAAUCUCGAACCUAGACGAAUCCCCUGGGGGAAUUUUCGCCGCAACCUCUCAUGCUGGGGUUCGUUUUCCGUGUUAUUUCCAUAUUUUGUUUACAUCGCGCACUUGACAAAAUUCACAUGUGGAAGCUCCUUGUUUAUGAAAAAAUCUUUGCUCAUGGAAAAAUAAAAAGCGGAAGAAAGUCCUCGGUAAAAAAAAGAAGAAAAAUAAAAGAAGGCCCAGAGAGGAAGGAAAGAGUACCACUCUGUCAAGUAAGGAAAACAUUCCUUUGUAUUCCGUUGUGAAAGCGACUGGUACUGGCGGAGCGGGCAUAGGGUAAAAUAUGGACUGGACUAUUUUUUGGACCAUUUUUUGGACCAUUUUUUUGGACCAUUUUUUGGACCAUUUUUUUGUACUAUUUUUUUGGACAAUUUUGAAGGGGGGAGCACACCAUUAGUACUGAGGGAGGGGUAGGAUGAAGUCUAUCAGUACUAAGGGAGGGGUGGGAGGGUGGAGUGUUAUUACUUAAGGAGGGGUGUGAGACGGACUAUUACUACGCAGGGAGGGAUGGGAGGUGGUUGUAAUAGGAAACACUGCUAGCUAAUGAAGCUUUUACUCGAUCGUACAAACAAUUUUAAUUGGUUUUUCGACUGAGUUUUUGUAUGUCAAAAUUUUAGCGCUGGGCCGCGGCGUUUCUUCAUAUUUUGUCAUGCGAAAGCGAAACUGCCAAGUUAACACUGGACUUUAAUUUGUAUUGAAAAUAUCGCGUUUACGAUCCUCCACUGUUGAAUGAUGCGUGCGCCUUUUAAGUCAACUUGUGCACCAUCAGUUGCUUCAAAUUUCCCUUUGUGUAUACAGUAUGUAAUUACUAACUUUAACUAUCUUCCUUUUGUCAUUGAUCUUAUCAAACGAGAUCACGGAAUUUCCGGUCUUUAGCCCUUAACUUAGCAGCAUUUAGAAUUCACAAGCGCUAUCGCAAUUUUGAAGUUUAUGCCUUUACUAUUUAAAAUCAUGAGCGAACGAUUUCGAAGAGGAAUCCAUGUUCUCGAAUGGACCAAAAACACUGCUGUACUCUCAAAAUGGGAAAGCGCAAAUAUCGAUUUCAUCUGUUUCGCAAACAAAGGAGAUAAUCACCUACACCGGAAAUCGCGACCAGGUAUUCCUCGCGACUCCCCUAGGUUUGUUUUCCAAUUUGCCCAAGCCGCUGUCGAUCAGUUCUUGCGUUAAAACCUAUGAAACCUGCGAAGUGGAACUACUGUUGCUUGCCGAUAAUUUCCGUCGGCAAAACGUAGAAGUCCAGUGUUUCGUGGCAGUUUCGCUUCCGCAUGACAAAAAAAUGAAGAAACGCCGCGGCCAAGCGCUAAAAUUUUAAGAUACAAAAACUCAGUCGAAAAACCAAUUAAAAUUGUUUGUGCGAUCGAGUUAAAGCUCCAUUAACCAGUAGUGUUUACCAUUACAACCACCUCUCACCCUUCCCUGCGUAGUAAUUGUCCGUCUCACACCCCUCCCUGAGUAAUAACACCCCACCUCCCACCCCUCCCUUAGUACUGAUAGACUUCAUCCUACCCCUCCCUCAGUACUAAUGGUGUGCCCCCCCCCCUUCAAAAUGGUCAAAAAAAUGGUCCAAAAAAUGGUCCAAAAAAUGGUCCAGUCCAUAUAGCUCCACGCUGGCGUCCAGAUUUCGAACAAAGAAGUCGCUGUCAUACCAACAUUUGCCAUACACAAUGUUAAAAACGAGGUUUUAUUUUCUUUAUGCAAGUACCAGCCUUGAUACAAAAACAUUAACAAUCGCCUCGAAUCGUAAUUUUGAAAGCUGCCUGUCGAUUUGUUGUCUCGCACCUCAGCACAUUUUCCGUUUUUUUCAUUUAUGCCGCGGAUUUUCUCCUUUGUCUUUGGCAACUUUGCUCAUUGUUAAGUCGUCUUCUUCAACGCUCUAUCGAGCGAUCGAGAUAAAAAAAAAACGUGUCUGCGAAUGGUUACUUUUCGCGGGAAAUCUUGAUCCAUCGUUAUUAGCGCCUGGAGGUUCCGUUGUCCCAUUGGUUUGCUGUUUCAGGAGGUGAGGUAAUCUUCUGGUGUGGCGCGAGUUGUUUGCGAGCAUUCAAGGAAUAAUGACAAACGAAAGUGUGUCAGGGAAUUUUGAUAUUUGAAAUUGUUGAUUGAUGCCUUGUGAAUAAGACAGCCAUUUUGUUCGUGCUGCGGCAUCUGAUACCCGAUAAAGUCAAUAUUAUAUUAUAUUUUUAUCGUAAACUACAGUCAUUAAGCUUUCUUCUGAUGUGUAGUUUGUUAGGAUUUUAGUGAAAGUAGCGCGCGUACGAAUUUUUUCUCGGACACCCGCGAAGGUGGGAAGUAACCUUAAUAAACGCCGCCCUCGAAUAAACGCCGCAUCAUCAUGCGGCGUUUAUUCGAAUGAUAGACUCAAAAAGCACACAGCGACAAUUGCUACGAUCGCAGUUGGAAAUUUUGAGUAAACCAGACAAGUUCUCUUGAAUGAACCAAUUCUGAUGUCGAGAAAGCAAUCCGACAUACGAUCUUUAUUCACUUUAUGCAUUGCAAUAGUAUUAACAUGCAAAUGAUGAAAUUGAGAGCAAUAUGAAAAAUGACUUUUUAGACAAACACAAAAACAUGUUUUUUUUUUCAAAAGUAAAAUGGUCAGUUACCAUACUACUGUUUGGAUUUUAAAUAAACGCAGCCCCUCGAGUAAACGCCGCAUUCGAAUCACGAAAAAUUUAAUAAACGCCGUGGCGUUUAAUCGAAUAAAUACGGUUUUAAAAUUUGUAAAUGUUUCCAAAGACGAUAGACUCUGACAAUGGACAAUGGACAGCCAAGGAGGCCUGGUCACUUAGAAACCUCCAUCUGGUCCCACGCUUCCUUUGUUCCAUUUCCAUGUCCGCCUACCUCGUUAAGGCCCAUGUCACUCUAUGAAGCCUUAUUUAUUUUCUCGGUAGAUCCCUUCCAGUUAAUCAUGUAUUUGUAACUAGUUCUCCCUCCACCGCUUCUUUUAAAAGAAAGUUCCAUCUCUUCCAUGUCCGCAGUAAUUCCUCGUUAUGAGUGUGCGUGUGUGUGUGUGUACGUGUGCGCGGUCAAAGUAAUUACCAUAAGUCCAUAUUCAAAUGUUAAUAUAAGAUUAGUUAUUUUAAGUGAGAAAGCCUUUUUAUAAGCCUUUGGUUUCUUUCAGGUUUUCUCGCCAUUUACCAUCAAUUUUCCAUUUUUUUUUUUUCCAUCUGUAAAUGUUGUAUAUGGCAAAAUAAAUACUGUAUCGUAUGUAAAACUAGACUAGAACGGUACAGUACAGUAAAACCCCUUCACUUGAUUCCGGUUACCUCGAACCCCCCGCAAACUCUUUAAUCGCGUUUGAUACGAAGGUGAUAAAAUUUAUGGAAACGUAAUACAUUUCACUUAACUUCCUAAGCUAAACAUAGCUCCGACAUAACAAAGUAAAUGUUCGAAAAUGACUGUUGAUUGUACAAGAAUGGUAAAAACAAAAUUCACACCAACCCCAAUAACUCGAAUUUCCGCUAACUCGAACCACUUUUCGUUUCUUUUGUGGAUUCGAGUUGGUGGGGUUCUAUUCUAAAAUUAAUUUGAGAGUGGAGACUCUGUCGCCUAAUGUUGGCUGAUUAUUUCUCUUCAACAGGUCAAAUGCGUCUUCUUUACAGACGGCAUCACUAAGAACCAAACUCUCCUUACCCUUCUACUCCAGGAAAAAAACCGCUACAAAGAUUUGGAGCUUCAACCGCUUCCAUCUGGUGUUCAAUUCGGGCAACGCUUUCUAAAUUCCAUCAAAUGGGCCACGGCUAAGUUUGACUUUAAAUAUUUUCUCAAACUGGAUGACGAUUAUUUUGUUUGUCUAAAAAGACUCCUAUUUGAGCUUCCUUCGCGACCGAAGCGCAAUCUUGUAUGGGGAAGUUUUCAUUGUGAGUUUGGAAUUUCUUGGGCAGACGAAGCAUUCGUAAUAUUCUCUGCUGACAUGAUCCGCAAAUUCUUGAUGCAAGAUAAGAAAAAGAUGCUUUGUCACCCAUUUGCUGACCAACAGUUCAGUAUUUGGAUGAAACAUAUGACUAAGCUUUAUUUCCAUGACACAAGGCUUCACCAUGACCCACCAGCUUCCUUUACGCCUGAAUUUAAAGAAAUGAAAAACCUAUGUGACUCGUAUAUUGGAAUACAUGGUACAUACGUAGAAGAGAUGAGGAAGUUUGCGAAGGUUGCAAAUGAUGGCGCAAAAGAAACUGUAGAAACUGUCCCUAAAUUUUCAAGCUUCUGCCCAUUCAAAGACUUUGAUUAUCGAAAGUUUUCACCUAAGUAUUAUUUUCGUCCUAAACCUUGUAUACAGAAUCCCACUUGGAAGAAUUCUACAUUUACUGGUCGUGAAGACGAACACAUACUGCGUCAGGAUGAUCUAUAAGACGAAGAGCAUCGACUACCGAGGUUUUAUUUCUAAACGCCAGAGUUCCAAGUCUCAAGCACAGUUGAUGAAUAUGUGAUAAUCUCAAAAAAAGGUUUAAUUUAUGAAUUGCAAACCAGUUCUCAAGAAUAGUUUAAAACGCUUAUUCACAAGAUGGUGUUAAUAGCUUAAAAGAAGAGAAGGCCGUGAUAGACCUAUUUACCUAAUAAAUGUUAUUUUGAUAGAUCGAUUAAUUUAUAUUUAUUUUUUCCAAUUUAAGAACCAUUGUAGAAUAUAAGCUGGGCUAGUUACUUCAAAAUUUUAAACU